AUGCCAUCCAAGGCGAAGCGCCGUUCCACCCCGCCGGCCGAGGCAAACGGCCGUCCAGCCAAACGCGUCAAGGCGAGGACCGGCCUGCGUGCACCUCAUCCCCUUGCUGCCGAGGCCGAAACGCACGGCAUCGUCCUUCGCCAGUUCUACCCUCCUGAGAUGAGCAACGACCGGGCCCGGGCCUACAUCAAAGAUGAGAUUCCGCGCCCCAUCGAGGAGCUCGUCGCCGCCCUCGAGGACACGGCGGCCGAACGCAGCAACGUCGACGUCAAGCGCGCCGUCGUGCACUGGUUCAAGAUGGACCUGCGCCAUACUGACAACAAGGCGCUCGCGCUCGCGAGCGACAAGGCGAAGCAGGGAGGCGUGCCGCUCAUAUGCCUCUACAUCCUCAGCCCCGAGGACCUCGAGGCUCACCUUCGGGCGCCCGUCCGCGUCGACUUCACCCUGCGCACCUUGCACGUUCUCAAGGACGACCUGGCCAAGCUGGACAUUCCGCUCGUCGUGGAAACGGUGAACAGGCGAAACCGGAUUCCGGAUCGCGUCCUCGAGCUUAUGGAGGAAUGGGGUGCCGGCCAUCUCUACGCGAACAUGGAGUAUGAGGUUGACGAGCUGCGUAGGGAGGCGCGCAUGGUCCGCGACCUCUCGGAGAAUGGCAAGUCGUUCGAGGUCGUCCACGACAGCUGCGUCGUGCCUCCGGGGCAGCUGCGGAGCGGCUCCGGGAAGCAGUACGCCGUCUACACGCCGUGGUACCGGUCCUGGGUCGCCCAUGUUCACGGCAACCUCGACCUUCUUGAGCUGUUCGAGCGACCGACCAAAAACCCGACGACGGCUCGGGCCAAGUUCAAGACCCUCUUCGAGUGCUCCAUCCCGGAAGCGCCCCAGAGCAAGCAGCUCAGCUCGGAUGAAAAGAAAAGGUUCCAUCCCCUCUGGCCGUGCGGAGAGCACGCGGCGAUGAAACGGCUCGACGCCUUCUGCGAGGAGAGGAUCGGCAGGUACAGAGACAGGCGAAACAUCCCGGCCGACGACGGCACGUCGUGCCUCUCGGUCCAUCUAGCCACCGGCACCAUCAGCGCCAGGGCCUGCGUCAGGGCGGCGCGGGAUAGGAACAAGACCAAGAAGCUCGACGGAGGUGUCGAGGGCAUCCAGACCUGGAUCAGCGAGGUCGCGUGGCGCGACUUUUACAAGCACGUCCUCGUCCAUUGGCCAUUUGUGUGGCAACCCGAGUACUCCAACAUUGCCUGGUCCUACGACAAGGACGAUUUCAGCCGCUGGUGCGAAGGCCGAACCGGUUUCCCCAUUGUCGACGCAGCCAUGCGGCAGCUCAACCACAUUGGCUACAUGCACAACCGCUGCCGCAUGAUUGUUGCCUCAUUCCUCGCCAAGGACCUCCUCAUCGACUGGCGCAUGGGCGAAAAGUACUUUAUGGAGCACCUCAUCGACGGCGACUUUGCGAGCAACAACGGAGGAUGGGGCUUCGCCGCGAGCGUCGGCGUCGACCCGCAGCCGUACUUUCGCAUCUUCAACCCGCUCCUGCAGAGCGAGAAGUUUGACCCCCAAGGCGAGUACAUUCGACGAUGGGUUCCCGAGCUCAAGGACUUGAGCGACAAGGAGAUACACGAUCCGUACGGUCGUGGUGCCAAGGUCAAGGCCAGCAAGAACGGGUAUCCGAAACCGAUCGUCGAGCACAAGAAGGUUCGGGAAAAGGCGCUGAGCGCAUACAAGGAAGGAAUCGCGAAUGGAAUGUAA